AUGUUUGUGUUACACAAAAUGGCCACAUCUCCUUCUUCAUCUCUCUUCACUUUCUCUCUUUUCCUCUCCAAACCCACUUCAAUUCCUCUUCCAUUGUUACCCUUCCACUCUUCUCCUCUCAAAAGAUUCAUUUCUACUGCAUCAAAACUGCAACAUCAAACCCAAGCUAGGAGAGCUACUUUUAUUGGGUCUCCUCAUCCCAAAACAAACCCUCUACUUUCUUUAUCUACUGCAGCUGUUGCCACCGAGUCUGCCACCGUUUCCCAAACUGACACAGCAGAGAAUGAGACUGAAAAAUUCGUGCUUCCUACUAAUGAUUCGUCCGAGAAACUCCUCAGAAUUCGCCACACGUGUGCACAUGUGAUGGCUAUGGCAGUUCAAAAGCUGUUUCCUGAAGCUAAAGUGACUAUUGGGCCAUGGAUAGAAAAUGGGUUUUACUAUGAUUUUGAUAUGGACCCUUUGACUGAUAAAGACCUCAAGAGGAUUAAGAAGGAGAUGGAUCGCAUCAUUGGUCGAAAUUUACCGCUUUUAAGGGAAGAUGUUUCUAGAGAUGAAGCACAGAGGAGAAUAAUGGCUGUUAAUGAACCUUACAAGAUAGAGAUUUUGGAAAGCAUUAAAGAAGAUCCCAUCACUAUCUAUCAUAUCGGUGAUGAAUGGUGGGAUCUUUGUGCGGGACCUCAUGUUGAAUCUACUGGAAAUAUUAAUAAGAAAGCUGUUGAGCUUGAGUCUGUUGCUGGUGCUUACUGGAGAGGAGAUGAAAAGAAACCAAUGCUGCAGAGGAUCUAUGGAACAGCUUGGGAGAAUGAAGACCAAUUAAAAGCAUACCUUCACUUUAAAGAAGAAGCUAAACGUCGCGAUCACAGACGCCUUGGCCAAGAUCUUGAUCUUUUUUCUAUACAGGAUGAAGCUGGUGGAGGCUUAGUCUUCUGGCAUCCAAAAGGAGCCGUCAUUAGACAUAUUAUUGAAGAUUCAUGGAAGAAAACACAUAUAGAACAUGGCUAUGAUUUGUUAUAUACUCCCCAUGUGGCAAAGGCAGAUCUAUGGAAGAUUAGUGGUCAUCUGGACUUUUAUAGGGAGAAUAUGUUUGACCAGAUGAAGAUUGAGGAUGAACAAUACCGACUCCGACCUAUGAAUUGCCCUUACCAUAUUUUGGUUUACAAAAGAAAGCUCAACUCUUAUCGUGAUUUCCCAAUCAGGGUUGCAGAGCUAGGAACAGUAUAUAGAUAUGAGUUGUCUGGAAGCUUACAUGGCCUUUUCCGUGUAAGAGGUUUUACCCAGGAUGAUGCGCAUAUAUUUUGCUUAGAAGAUCAAAUUAAAGAUGAAAUUAGGGGUGUCUUAGAUCUUACAGAAGAGAUAUUGUUGCAAUUUGGUUUCAGACGGUAUGAAGUUAACCUCUCAACUAGGCCUGAAAAAGCUGUGGGAGAUGAUGAUAUAUGGGAAAAAGCAACAUCUGCCCUUAAAGAUGCUUUGGAUGACAAGGGGUGGAGCUAUCAAAUUGAUGAUGGUGGUGGUGCCUUUUAUGGUCCAAAAAUUGAUCUUAAGAUUGAGGAUGCUCUUGGAAGAAAGUGGCAGUGCUCUACCAUACAGGUUGAUUUUAAUUUGCCUCAGAGAUUUAAUGUUACUUAUGUUGAUUCAAACAUGGAGAAAAAGCGACCUAUCAUGAUACAUAGAGCAGUGCUUGGAUCUUUGGAGCGGUUUUUUGGGGUCCUUAUAGAGCAUUAUGCUGGGGACUUUCCAUUGUGGCUUUCUCCAGUUCAAGUUCGCAUUUUACCAGUAACAGACACACAGCUUGAAUAUUGCAAAGAGGUGAUCUGCAAGCUGAAAGACAGUGGUAUACGGGCUGAAGUUUGCCAAGGUGAGCGCCUCCCAAAGCUCAUUAGAAAUGCAGAGAAGCAGAAAAUUCCUUUAAUGGCAGUUGUGGGCCCCAAGGAGGCUGAGACUCAAACUGUUACAAUUAGAUCUAGGUUUAGCGGGGAGGUUGGAACCAUCGAGAUUGAUGAUUUUAUCAGCAGAAUCAAGUCCGCCAUUGAUAGGAGAACUUCAUUAUAA